UCGAACAAAAAUGGCGGAAGGUCUGGACGGUCGCGAGUUCGGCAAGUCGGAUUUCGUCCUUCUGGACGAAGUCACGAUAGAUUCCUUCAUGCAGAACCUGAAACUCAGGUUCCAGAAAGGAAAGAUCUACACGUAUGUGGGGGAGGUGGUGGUUUCUGUUAACCCGUAUCGGACCAUGGACAUAUACGGCCCUGACGCGGUGAAACGUUACCAGGGACGAGAGUUUUACGAGUGCCCGCCACAUCUGUUCGCUGUCGGCGACGCCGCGUACAAGAGCAUGAAGAGACAGUCCAGGGAUACGUGCAUCGUCAUAUCAGGUGAGAGUGGAGCAGGUAAAACAGAGGCGUCUAAGAUCAUCAUGAGGUACAUCGCAGCUGUCACUAAUGUCAGUCAGAGGCAGGAGGUCGAGAGAGUGAAGAACAUCCUACUGCAGACCAACUGUAUCUUAGAAGCGUUCGGAAACGCCAAGACGAACCGGAACGACAACUCCAGCCGGUUUGGGAAAUACAUGGACAUCAACUUUGACUUCAAGGGGGAUCCGAUAGGAGGGCACAUCAACAACUAUCUGUUAGAGAAGUCUCGAGUUGUGAGCCAGCAGCCAGGAGAAAGGAACUUCCACUCCUUCUACCAGCUGUUGUCAGGUGCUCCAGACCAGCAGCUACAGAAGAUGCACCUGUCCAGGUCCCCCCAGGGGUACACCUACACCUGUCCUCAGUCUCAGUCUGACUCUGGCCCCCUCCCCAUCAGUGAUAAGGCAGACUUUAAGGCAGUCCAGACAGCCAUGAAGUCCGUAGGCUUCUCCAAGGAGGAGUACGCCACAGUCUACAACAUCAUCGCGGCCAUCUUACACCUGGGGAAUGUCGAGUUCCUAGCCGAGGACGAAGACUCGUGCGACGUAGCGAAUCGUGAGGCCCUGGCGGCCGCGGCGUCGUUGCUACGGACGACAGAGGAGGAGCUAACGAAGGCGCUGUGUUUCCGCGUGGUGGCGGCUCGAGGGGAGGUCAUGACGAAAGGUCACACGCAGCAGCAGGCGCUGUACGGGAGGGACGCCUUCGCUAAGGCUAUCUACGAGCACCUGUUCACCUGGAUCGUUAGCCGCAUUAACGACGUGAUCGCCGUGACAACCACGCGGCACCAACACGGGAAGGACACGGUCAUCGGCGUGCUCGACAUCUACGGCUUCGAGAUCUUCGACAACAACAAUCUGGAACAGCUGUGCAUUAACUACUGUAACGAGAAGCUUCAGCAGCUGUUCAUCGAGCUGGUGCUGAAACAGGAACAGGAAGAGUACCAGCGGGAGGGCAUCACAUGGACAAAUAUCGACUACUUCAACAACAAGAUCAUCUGUGACCUUGUGGAGCAGCAGCACAAGGGCAUCAUCGCCAUCCUGGACGAGGCUUGUCUGAGUGUGGGGAACAUCACCGACAAGAUGUUUUUACAAGCCAUGAACCAGAAGCUGAGUAACCACGACCACUACACCAGCAGACAGCUGGUUCCCACAGACAAGACCCUGGAGCACAGCCGGGAUUUCAGGAUCAGGCACUACGCUGGCUCUGUCACUUAUUCUGUGGAAGGCUUCAUAGACAAGAACAAGGAUGACCUGUUCCAGGACUUCAAAAGGCUCCUGUACAACAGCUCUGACCCUGUCAUCAGCUCCAUGUGGCCUGAGGGGAAGCGGGGCAUCACAGAGGUGACCAAGAGACCCCUGACUGCCUGCACCCUGUUUAAGAACUCCAUGAUCCAGCUGGUCUCUAACCUGGCUUCUAAGGUCCCGUACUACGUGAGGUGCAUCAAGCCCAAUGAGCAGAAGUCGCCGGUGCUGUUUGACGACCAGCGCUGUCAGCACCAGGUCGAGUACCUGGGGCUCCUGGAGAACGUCCGUGUGAGACGGGCAGGCUACUGCAACCGGCAGCACUACAGCAGGUUCCUACAGAGGUACAAGAUGAUUUCCCAGUACACGUGGCCGAACCACCGCAUGGCGUCAGACAUGGCGGCAGUACAGCUGUUAGUACAGGAACGGGGGUUCAAACACGACGUGGCGUACGGGAAAACGAAAAUCUUCAUCCGGACUCCGCAGACACUGUACCAACUGGAGGAGAGCCGCGCUAAACUCAUCCCCGGGAUCGUGCUGUUUAUACAGAAGAUGUGGCGUGGCGGGCUGGCCCGGAUGCGGGCACGGAGGAUGCGAGCGAUCUACGCCAUCAUGGGGCGUUACCGCGUCUACAAGAUGCGCAGCUUCCUGGUGGACCUGCUGGACAGGUUCUACAACGUGCGCAACAUGGCGGACUACGGGCGAAGCGUGGCGUGGCCGCAGCCGCCCGCCGUGCUCGAGGAGUUUGUCACCCAGCUCAGGAAGGCUCACAACGGCUGGUGGGCGCGCCACAUCAUCGCUCAGAUCCCGGAGCGCGACAGGAAGGAGGUCAGGCUGAAGUCCAUCGCGUACGGUCAUCUCCAUGGUAACCGCAAGGACUGGGGACUCAACCAGCGCUGGAGGGGGAACUACCUCGGACUGAGCGAAGACAUCCAGAAGGCCAAGCUGUUCAACAACUCGCUGAACUCACUUGUGGCCCAAGACAGGUUCAAAGAAGUGCUGUUCUCUGCUCACGUCAAGAAGGUGAACCACCACAAUAAGAGCUCGGACCGGGCAGUUCUCGUGACGGACAAGUUCCUCUACAAACUGGACCCCAAGAAGGGCUACAAGGCCAUGAAGCAGGGAACACCUCUGGCACAGAUGACGGGUGUGAGCGUGACCCCGGGUCAGGACCAGCUGAUCGCGGUGCACCUGGCAGGGGGCAACGACCUGGUUCUGUGUGUGACGGCCAUCAUGCCUCGCCAGGACCAGCGGGUACCAGAGCUACUGGCCGUGCUGUGUGACGCCUAUAAAAGAGUAAACAAGAAGGACCUGAAAGUGACUGUGAGCAACCGUCUGCAGUGUAUGCUGGGUAACAAGAACAGGACAGUAACAGUACGAAGCCACGACAAGGGCGCCGGCGUGACCUUCAGAAAGGACGGGAGUACGAGCCUGGUACUGGUGGGCACAGGCAGCCAAUGAGCAGCAGCGUUACAAUUGCAAGUUGGAGGAGCAGCCAAUGAGCAGCAGUGUUACAUGUGCAAGUGGGAGGAGCAGCCAAUGAACAGCAGCAUUACAUGUACAGGUGUGGAUGAGCAGCCAAUCAAGUACGGUGUUACAUUUAGUGGUAGGGAUGAGUAGCCAAUGAAUGGCAGGUGGUUGAGCUGGCAGUAGCCAAUGAAAAGCAGUGUUACAUGUGCUAAGUGGGGUCAGUAAGCCAAUGAAAUGCAGGAUUAUAUAAGGCAUUCCUACCCACAAACCUUAAAUUCAUUCCUUGCUAUAAAUCAAGUUUACAAACAAGCUAAGAAACAAACAAGUAGAUUUCUACGAAGGCAUCGAAUGAUGGAAAAUUCGCUAAGAUAAGACAUUGUGACAUAUUUGAGUACAGGUGUGUAAGACACUCAUCCUAUCUUGGUAUGUCAGCACCUGUUCCUACUAGUGUCUUUGAGAAAGUAGUAUCUUGUGCUUAUGAAGGAGUCUGGCAAGACAUUUGGUGACUUAAGGCCAGGUUUUAUUUUAAAGUUGAGGGUUCUCCAAAAUCAAGAUGAGCCAGUGAUUAGUUUUAGAGUACAGUCAAACCUGUGGACCUUUUGUAGAGAUGGUCACUUGCACAGGUUUGGCUGUAUGAUUGUGAAAAAUGAGGAAAAUGCUGCAA